AUGACUGCUCAGAUGGCGAGUGAAUCUACAGUUGAAGCCGAUGGUGUUGUUGAUGUUGGUCAGGGCAUAGUGGAUAUACAGCGUGACGGAAAAAGCGUAAUAAGAGGAAUAGAAGAGUUUUAUUCUACAAAUGACAUAAAUUAUGGCGUAGUUUCUGAAAGUUUGGCAGCUUUCUUAUUUUUUAAUGGAAUAACUUUGAAAUAUGUUGCUGCUAUGAUAGCUGAAAAAAAGUUUCAAUACCUUUACGAAGAAAUAACAAAGGAUUGGCAAGCCAACGUUGAAGAUGAUAACGAAAUAGCCAUCCAGCACGAUUGGGCCACUAAAGGAUAUAAAAUAACGAUGGUUAUAUACUGGUUAUUACCAAUAAACGCCGUAUUGUUUUGCACAAUGCCUGCAGUAGUCCCAAAUCUUUUAAAUAUUAUUUUACCUGGAGAUACUAUCUACAACAAGACUCGAAUUGUUGAAGUGGAAUAUUUCAUAAUUUCUGAAGAACAGUAUUGGUUCCUGUUUACUCAUUGUUUGUUGUCACUUUUGGCCGUUAUGAACAUCUUAACAGCUAUAGAUGGAACUUACGUAAAUUGUAUUCACCAUGUUAUUGGACUUAUUAGAAUUACAUGUUAUAGAUUAACCAAUACUGUAAAAAAUAUGAAUGAUUCACUAAAAGGUAUGACUCAUGAAUCAGAAAGCUAUUAUUAUAAUCAAAUCGUUGACGUUAUAAAACUACAUCAGAAAUGCAUUAGAUUCGCUAAUUUCAUCGAAAUUGCGUACAGUAAAAUUUUCUUUGCAGUCACCGUAUUUUAUUUAAUUGGAUUUGGUACAUAUGCUAUAAAUCUAGUGUUCAGUUUACACCAACCACUUCUGUUUAUAAAAUUUAUGGUAGGAUUUAUUGGUGCUGCAUUCUACAUGUUUUUUUAUUUCUGGCCAGGACAGAAAUUACUUGAUAGUAGUGAUGAACUGUUCAAUUCAAUAUGUCAAUGUCAGUGGUAUAAGCUUACAACGAAACUUAAAUUCCUGAUAAGUUUCAUGAUGCUACGAUCUACUGUACCGUUUCGUUUAACAGCUGGACCAAUGAUUGAAAUGAAUUUUAGAAACGUCUUUCUUGUAAAAUUAUUUUUUUAUAGUUUUGCAUAG